UCUCAGUCAAAGUGCUCCCUCCACUCCUGCUGCGCUCUGAGACACACACAGACACACACACACACACACGCGCUCCCAACUCUCCACAGGAAAACCCAGAGCCUAAUGCGCAGCACCUCACAGGCAGCACACUGCCACGUACGUUGGGCAAACCAAACCAAGUGGGACACUAACUCCGACUCUGCGACUUUGAUAGUUGGUUAAUUACUCAUGUGAUGUGAUUCAGAUGUCUAGGGGCUUCAGCAGAAAGUUCGCCUGACGGUUCCAACAGGGGAGGCAGGAGCAGACAUUUUAGGAGAGCAGAGCGCUCUCACCACCAGCAGUAUAUGGGGAACCCCUACACUAUCUGUCCAUCUCCUGAGACAAAGCGUGGAAUGUGUUCUAUAAUGGGCGCCCCAAUCGUACAUGUGUUGGUGCUAAUGGCCGUCAUGGCCGCCCUGCCUGGCCCUGGAAUGUGUCAGAUAAACAGCACCACAGACGAGGGAGAGAAGAACUCCCUACCAGAUCAGGGCCUGGUCCUCCACAACACCCACAUCACCCUCCAACCCCUGGGCUUCCACAGCACCAGUAGCCCCUUCCUGGAGCAUGGGAGUCCCAUCUCCACCAGGGGCCACCAGGGGCCGCAAUGGCCCAGGGUCGGAGCUGGAUCUGGGGCCACAAACAUCACCAGGAUAAGGGCCCCUCCACCAUGCACCAUCGCCACUUCCAUUCAAGGCUAUUUCAAAUACAUCAACACAGUGAUUUCUAUCAUAGUGUUUGUGGUGGGCAUAGUGGGCAAUGCCACCCUGUUGAGAAUUAUCUACCAGAAUAAGUGCAUGAGGAACGGGCCCAAUGCCCUCAUUGCCAGCCUGGCGCUGGGAGACCUCAUCUACAUCACCAUAGAUAUACCCAUCAACGUCUACAAGCUCCUUGCCACCAGGUUCCCCUUCGAUGACAAUUCCUUUGGGCUGUGUCUGUGUAAGCUGGUGCCAUUCCUACAGAAGGCCUCUGUGGGUAUCACCGUCCUCAACCUCUGUGCCCUAAGCGUCGACAGGUACCGUGCAGUGGCGUCAUGGAGCAGGGUCCAGGGAGUAGGGAUUCCUCUUCGGACGGCCAUGGAGAUCGUGUCCAUCUGGGUGCUGUCCAUGGUCCUGGCUGUCCCAGAGGCCAUCGGAUUCGACAUGGUUGAAUUCAACUACAGGAACGAGACCAUACGGACAUGUAUGCUCAACCCCAAGACUGAGUUCAUGAUGUACUAUAAGGACAUCAAGGACUGGUGGUUGUUUGGGUUCUACUUCUGCGUUCCUCUGAUGUGUACGGCCGUGUUCUACACUCUGAUGACCUGUGAGAUGCUCAACCACAGGAACGGCAGCCUCCGCAUCGUCCUCAGUGAACACCUCAAACAGAGACGGGAAGUGGCCAAAGCAGUGUUCUGCCUGGUCCUGAUCUUCGCUCUGUGCUGGUUCCCCCUGCACCUCAGCAGGAUCCUCAAGAAGAUGGUCUACAACCCCAGAGACAUCGGACGCUGUGACCUGCUCAACUUCCUGUUGGUCUUGGAUUACCUGAGUAUCAACCUAGCCACAGUAAACUCCUGUAUAAACCCCAUCAUCCUCUACUUUGUCAGCAAGAAGUUCAAAAACUGUUUCAAGUCCUGCCUGUGUUGUUGGUGCCACUCGGAUGCCACAGUGACCAGCACGGGACAAAACGGGAACGGGACCAGUAUCCAGUGCAAGAGCCCAGAGCCCGCCAACCUUCACACGGACCGCAGCCUACGCAAAGACAGUGACUGACCACCACAGGAGGUGACGCCCCCUAUGGACGAGGAGGUCUCACUACAACUACAGCCAGUCUGCACUAAACACAAUGGACUCUCAACUCAAUAGGACCCCCAUGCUAAACCGCUAUGGCGUGACAAACAGAGAGAGAGUCACACGUUUCAAACACCAUCACACGUUUCUUUUACAGAACACUGCUGGGCAGCUCUGGAGCCUGACGUAGAACGACGGGGAAAUUAGUGGAGUUUAUAUAUAGACACAAACAUACAAUGGGCAUGAUGGACGCUGCAGUAUUUCCAGUGUCUCUAUGGACUAUACCGUUCCCUUUGCCAGGGGGAGACGAAGAGGAAGAGGGA